AUGUUGUGGUGCCAGCUUCAGGGUCCUGUUGUUCAAAAAAUGAUUAAGAUCUUAAAAGCCCAAGAAAGUGGCUAUUACCCUGCUUCUCAGGACAUUUUCAAGGUAGUAGAAGAUGUUGGCUUUGCUGCCUGCUGGCUAGAGCUGCCUGCCCUUGGAGUGGGCUCUAGUCCCAGCGCACAGGAUGCUCUCUGCGUUUGCAUGGGGAGGAGAACAGAGGCACCCCUAGUGGCUUUAUUGAGAGGCAUGAAAUAUCUCUGGAUGUUGAACGAACCCAGCAUUCCAGAUUCUGCUUUAGCUAUAUAUGAGAAACAGAACAAUUUAGCAAAGGUUCGUGAUGGAAAGGUAAAAAAGAAGCUCUAUAACCUGCAUGACAAAGGAGAAAGACUUGCUAAAAUAUACACAGUGCUGCAAGAAAGUAGCUACCAGAUCCAUCGUCUUGUUGAGGGAAAUUUAAAGCUCUCCAAAGCAGAUUCCUGUUCAGCCUCUUGGAAGAUUUAUGUAGAGUACAUUGAUGACAUUGUAGUUGAUGGUUUGUGUGACACUGUCACGCGUUCUUUAGACUAUUUUGUGCAGAUCACAGAAGAGAGUUUGAAGCCAGCUCCACUUUUUCAAGCACAAAUGAUUCCCAAUGGCCCAGAGAUGCAGUUUAAACCUACUCUAGAUAAAGAGGUUGUGGAUAUGAAGCCUUUGAAAAUGAGCUUGCUGAACAUUAUUGAGAGAUGGAGCUGGAUGUUUAAAGAGUGUCUCCUGAGAUUUGUCAUGGUUAGUCUGGCUGAUAUAGAAGAUUUUAUAGAAGUGACAGAUGCUGGACCUUAAAGAGAGGCAACUGAGGGAGAUUAUUGUGUGCUGGUAGAAAUCAUGGGACACCUCUUGGCUGUGAAGGAGAGGCAGACAACCGCUGAUGAGCUCUUGGAACCUUUAAAAGAGAUGGUUCAUUUUUUAGAACACUAUGGACAGAAGAAGCCAGGCAAAGUUUGUGCCCAGUUAGAGGAAAUGCCUCAAAAAUGGAAUGCCGUUAAGAGACCUGUGUUGGUAAAGCAUGAAGUAACUCCUCCUCAGGCAUCUGAGGUUGCAGUUAUCGGAAGAAAAUGCACCUUACUUGCAAAUCAAGAGCUUGAGAUGCUGGAAAAAGAAAUGUUACUAAUGCAGGAAUCUGUGAAACUGUUUGAAACUAAAGCCCAGUGGAGGCAGAUUAAUGUGCAACAGAUGGAUGUGCAGCUCAGAAGGUUUGCCAAGGAAAUGCAGUCUUCAGAUAAAGAAGUUUGUGCCUGGGAUGUAUAUAGGGGCUUGGAGUUAAAGAUGAAGAAUCUGAUGUCAUCACUGGGAGCAAUAUUGGAGUUGCAAAAUCCUGUAGUCGGGGAAAGACACUGGUACCAGGUCAUGAAUAUGACACGAUAUCAGAACAUACUGCCUUACAGACUUCUAGGACUUCAGCUUCAUGAAGUAGAAGACGAAGUCCAAAGUAUAGUUGACCACGCUGUGAAAGAGUUGGGUACUGAAGAGAUUUUGGCAGAAGUCAGCCAAACAUGGGCUGCCAUGGAAUUUUCUUACAAAGAGCAUCACAGGAAUAGAGCUCCUUUAUUAAAGUCAGAUGAACAGCUGCUUGAAACUUUAGAUAACAAUCAAGUAAGGAUUUAA